GGCGGACGGGGAGCGGGGCCACUCCCCCACCAUCUCCGUUUUCACUUAGGGAAGCUGAACUGGACCGUGCCACCCUUGCACCUCCUGGUUCCCCUUUGAAGAGUGGUUCUGGCCUCGCAUCAGCCGCAUCAAGCCGCCUUUCAUGAAAUACCAACAACUUUCGUUCAUCAACUCAAAACCACAAACGAUCCGCCCCCGAGAUACUCUCUCGCGCACCGCCUAACGUCAUCGAUUUACAUUUGAUAUACGGUGAAAAUGUCUGAGAAUUAUGUCGCGCCUAACCAGCAGAGAUACCUGCGGGCCUGUAUGGUAUGCUCGAUCGUCAUGACAUUUGCGCGCUUCCGCGACGAGGGUUGCCCAAACUGCGAGGAGUUCCUGCACCUUCAAGGCUCCCCGGAUCAGAUUGAGAGCUGCACAUCACAAGUCUUUGAGGGGAUCAUCACGCUUGCCAACCCCAACAAGUCCUGGGUCGCAAAGUGGCAACGACUAGACGGAUAUGUACGAGGCGUUUAUGCGAUCAAGGUAUCAGGCCAACUACCUGACGACGUGCGGACCUCGAUAGAAGAGGAGUACCGUAUUCAGUAUAUCCCACGCGAUGGCAGCGCUACGGAGGCAGACUAGUGGUGAAUAAAGUGAUGGGUCUUCAUCGGCGAUUCGCGCAAAGACCGGGGAGUUCGGGGCGUUUUUUGGGCAAUUACGGGGUAUUAGGCACA